AUGGCUCUAAGCUCACCAUUUGCUGUUACAUUCUCCAUCUUCGCUUCCCUUUUCAUCUUGUCCUCUGCUCAAACCUGCAAAAACUACACCUUCACAUCAAACAGAAUGUUCAAUUCCUGUCUUGAUCUUCCUUAUCAUCAUGCUCAUCUCCACUGGAACUAUUUUCCAUCCACAGAUAAACUUGCUAUGGCAUACAGAGCCAGACAGGACUCGAAGGGGUGGGUUGCCUGGGCUAUUAACCCGACUAAGACAGGCAUGGUGGGAGCACAAGCACUCGUGGCCUUUCACAACAGCAAUGGAAGUAUGACAGUGUACCCGACACCAGUAAAGGACUACAAUCCUUCGAUGCUUCCUGGAACUCUUACGUUCCAGGUGGCAAACAUCUCCGCGGAAUAUAAAAACAAUGAGAUGAUUAUUUUUGCUGUUCUAGGCCCCCUUGUUAACAUAACCAAAGUUAACCAUGUCUGGCAAUCAGGAUUUGCAGUUUCUAAUAAUGUCCCACAAAUGCAUGAAAUAUCCUCAACUAAUCUCAAGUCAUUUGGGGAUCUAGAUUUUCUGGCAGUGUAG